AACUUCUCGCCGAGAACUGCACUUUCGGCUUCUCUCCUCCCCAAGGGUUCUGCUGUUGGAGGGGUGGGGUGGGGAUAGGGAGCGGGGCGGUGUCUCGCUGUCCAGCUGUCGAGUUGCUGACGCUAUGAGGGCCCCAGGGCCACUCGGGUUUCCCCCACGAGUGAGCAGCGACGGCUGAGCCAGCAUCCCUGGCGUCCUCGGGCUAAAUAAGGAUCCAGCUCGCGCUGGGUAGACGAAGCCUGGGGUCCCGGGGGGGACCAGGGGCUAUCUCGCCAAACAAGGCGAGGAGGGGAGAUGUAUAUAAAGCCAGAGUCUCGGGGCUACCUGCCCUCCGCGUCCGGUCCUGUGCUGUCCGGAACUCUACGCUGAACGCUAAUCUUGCCCUUCGACUCAAGCCCGUUUUAUUGGUCCCUCCGCCCCCAGCCCCGUGAUGUCCAAAGCAGCUCCGGCCAAGAAGCCGGCGGCCCCACCUCCAGGCUGCACCCUGGACAUCAAUGACCCCCAGGUGCAGAGCGCUGCCAUCCGCAUCCAGGCCUCUUACCGGGGCCACAGGUCCCGGAAAGAGCUGAAAGAAAAGGGGCCACCCCGCGUCCUGCAGCCGCUGCAGGACGUCGUUCUGAUCGAGGGAAGCGCCGCGAAACUGUCCUGUCGGAUCUCGGCUUUUCCUGACCCUUUUAUCCGCUGGAGCAAAGACGGCAAGGAGCUCCGUGACGGGCCCAAGUACCGCUACGUUUUCGAGGACCCCGACGUGGUGGCCCUGGUGGUGCGCGACGGAGAACUCGCUGACCUAGGCCAGUACAGCAUCAACGUGUCCAAUCCCUUCGGCGAGUGCUCGGACUCUGCGCGGAUACUCGUGGAAGUCCCAGCGAAGAUCAAGAAGGGACCAGACAAUACUAAAGCACGCAGAGGAGCCACGGUGACUCUAACCGCAGAAAUCCUAGGCGAGCCACCUCCUGACGUAGGAUGGACCAAGGACGGGAUGGACAUCGAAGAGGAUGACAGGGUGUUCUACGAGAUCGGGAACACCAAUACUACGCUGACCAUUCGCCGGGCUACAGCUGAGGACAGCGGCAAGUAUGAGGUCUACGUGGAGAACAGCCUGGGGAUGGACCAGAGUUUUGCCCGCUUGGAUGUUGCCUGAGGGGGAAUCACCGGUAUUCCCGGUGCCGGAGCUGUCGCAACAUCCUUUCUUUCUCGAUUUGCGGAUAAUAAAGUUAUGGUUG